CGCCAAUGGGCAGGUGGCUGUACUGACGUGGCAGCCUGUGGACCGCUGGUGUCCCAACUACCAAAUCUUUAGCAUUAAAUGCACUUCCCGCCAGAAUCUAGGUUUCCCGCCGGAUCAGUGGGGACGUUCGUCCACCCCGGAAGUGAGUUGGAUUGCUCCAAGUGACCCUUGAGGGAUAUCGGCUGUUCGUCGCCUGGCCUUAAUAGAUACUCACCAUGUGCACUGGGUUUUCCUCGAUGACCACAGGCUUGCUCCGGGGACGUUCGUCGCCAUCCCCGCUGGCCCGUGGUUCUGCUCUUUGUCUCUGCACAGACGUUCGUCGGAAUGAGCUGCUGGGCCUGAGUCCCCCAACACCAGACGUUCGUCCAUCCUCAAGAGACAUGGGCCUGUGGGCUGGCCUGGUUUCUAGCUGGACGUUCGUCUGGCAAAAUGGGUUAGUGGGCCGGACCUCGGCUUGGGCCCUUAACCCAACACAAGUCCCCCACUUCUGAUGUUCUGAGCAUGCGCAGGACAUAAGGAAGUAUGAACCCCCCCGAAGUAGACGUCCGUAUCUUGAUACUUAUGUUUAUUGCAUCUGGUGGAAGCGUACGCUCGUGGUCAUGGUGCUUGACAGCUGUCGCCGGUUCAGGAAACGAGGUGACGGCUGAUGUUGCGGCGGUGCAUUUUCCCGAGGAGGUGUCAUCAUUACGUUCCCAUCCCACGCACAGCGCGUGGCCGGGGUACGCUCCUUGCCACGUGUCGGCCCCUUGUUGGCUUCGCCCUCGGUGUUUUCUCCUUGAAAUACCGGGUUUUCCCUCUGAAUUAGGGUUCCCAAUUUCUGCUCUCUUGCUCCCGAUUUUCCGCAGCUCUUCAAGUCUUCUUCUGAAUCCGGCUAACCCCUUUGUAAGGUAAUUUCCCCCCUCUGCUCCUUUUCUUGUUCUGAUUCCUAGCCGAAAUGACCUCGAUGGAGAUUUCGUCAAGCUCUGAUUCCGGUUCGUCGGGUUCCUCCUCGGGCUCCUCUUCGGCCGAUGUGAGUGCUCGCUCCCCCGGGAAGGCCAGCAUUUCCGGGACCUCUGGUUCAGCCACGACGGUGGGGACCAUCCGGGCUGAUGGCGAGCCGGAUAAUGUGUCGCAAAGUAGUGGGAGCGACGCCGGGGACGGGGGUGCUGACGGGGCCGUAGAUGUUAUUGACGCCGUCCCCCUGAACGAGCGCCCCGCCGGUUAUGAUUCUGCAGACGAGGCCCAAUCUGGCUCCGACCUGGAGGUGCACGAUUUAGGUAUUCCCAUGGAUGUGCAGAGGCACAUUUGCAAGAUUAAGAGUGUCUUAGAGCACAGGCAGUCCCUCUCCAGCGUCGCUAUGAACAAGAUUGCUUCCUUCUUUCCCCAUCCGUUCGUCUUUAGCCAUAGCGGGGCCGAACAUGCCAUGCGGCGACGGCCGGGGAUGAUCAUCCUGCAUGUGGAUUCUGUGGAGGCCGGUCUGCGGUUUCCUCUCCAUCCCUUUUACGUGGAGUUCUUCAACUGCUACCAGGUGGUUCCGGCGCAGUUCAUGCCCAACUCUUUUAGAUUUAUCUCCGCAUUCCUCGUGCGCUGUUCGUCCGUAAAAGCCGUCAUAUCGCUGGAUCUGUUCCACUACUUCUACCGGGUCACCCCGCAGAAUUCCGACGGUUACCUGAGUGUGGCCGCUCGUCCGAAGAGGAAGCUAUUUGAGCACUAUCCUUCCUCCAUCCAUGAUUGGAAAAAUAGGCUCUUUUUUCUUAGAUAUGACGGUCCUCCCCUCCCAAUCCGGUGGAACGGCUACCCUCCGAAGAUUGAGUCGCCGGCGCUGUCGGCCGGGCUGGAAGUGGAAGUGAAGAAAGUCCUGGAAGGCGGCGUUCGCCCUAUAGGGGAAUACCUGACCGUCGAGGCACUCUCUGAAGCAGGCAUAGGUACCGCCCGUGUUCCUGGAUUUCUUCCUCCCUUGGACGCUCGUCUCGGGGCACGGGCGGUCCUGUCCUCUGAGGUGGGUGUUCCUCCCUAUCCCUGUUCGUCUUUUCAUAUUCUUGUAUUUCUCUCUUGCAGGUCUCCCCCUUUCCGCCGAACAAAUGGACAAUGCUGAGUGCCUGAGGAACAGGAAGGCGAAGAUGGCUGCGGCCAAAGCGGCCAGAGAGGCAGCCGCCCAUGGAGCCGGAUCAUCGGCCUCCGACGCCGCCCGUCGGACUGCAGACGGUGAGCAGCACCUGAUUGCCACCCUGCUGAACGAGGGGGCCCUGACUCAUCAUGCUGAAACUGCUCUCCCCCCGCCGGUCGUUGCCACAAAAGUGGUUCCCAAGAAGGGGAGCGAGAAGGCCCCGGAGAAGAAAACGAAGAGGGGGCGAGACUGUGUUUCCCCCGGCCCCAUCGUUGAGGAUGUUAGCGGUCUAUCCCUGAGCCGGCCGGCUGAGGAGCUUUGGAGGGAGCUCGGGGCUAAAGCCGGCCUCGAACUGCCCCCCCCGGUCGUCUUCCGAGGCGACCAGCGCUGCUCUUGCUGCGGCCAUCCAGGUAUUGUUGCGAUUCGACCCAUCUUGUCCCCUUGACGCUCGUCGCUUCGCCGUCUAAACUCUGUUUAUCCCAUUUUUUCUUUCAGUCAGGGCUGUUGGUGCUGCAGGCCGAAGCUGCCAGGGAUGCCGCCCUGCAGGAGGCAAAGAUCAAGGCCGAAGCCGCCAUACUGAAGGCUCGGGAGGCCGCCCGUCGGGCAGAGGAAGAGGCUGCUUCGGCUAGGGAGGAGCUUCAGUCCCUCCGGGCUGAAACCGGCGCCCAAUUGGCCUGCCUGGAGAAGGCCGGCUUCAAGCUCAUGCCGGUACUUCCGGCCCCAAAAGAUGCCACCCCGGAAUGGCGCAUCAAUACCUCCGGUUACCGGAAUACCGGCGAGUUUAUGGAGUCGGCCAAGGACUUCUGCGCCGGGGCUUUUGGCGACGUGUUCUCUCAUGCUCUGGGGAAAAUUCCGGCGAAGGACCGUCUGAGGUUCGGUGUGCGGCUGAUGGAAAGCUCCCCCCUGUCGCGCCAAUUCCUCUAUGAUUCUGCCGAUAGCGCCUUCGCCGGUGGCUAUAAUGAAGGGAUCAAGGCCAUCCUCCCAAUCUUCGAGAAGCUCCUGGGCCCUGGCGUCAACCCAGCCGAUCACACGGAUGACGAUCUACUGAUCGAGGCCCUGGGGAAAAUAGGGCGGGAUAGACGCCGGGCGGCGGCCAUAGCCAUGGGGGAUAUCCCGGAGCCCCCAACCCCUGAGCCCGAGCCUCGGGAGGAGGAACAUACUCAUGCCAACAGCCGACCGCCGUCCCCCCACAUGUGUUGAUUUAUCUCUUAGCCUAGAGUUAUUGCAGUUCGUAGACUUGUAGUUUCCAGCCGAUAGUGCUGAAGAAUAAAGAUCCACAUUUUGCCAAAAUUCGUUCCGUGCCUCGAAAUAUUCUGCUGCAAAGUAGUUUGUUAGGACGUCCAUCCCUGCUCGUCAUUUGACUUUGGGCAGGGACGUCUCCUUGCCCCCCUGGCAACAGCAUUCUUGACGACGGUCGUCGGAGGCUGUUCAAACAGCACCUUUCCCAAGCGUGAAGUACGUUCGUCGGGGGCUGCCUCAAUAUUUCCUGACGAUGUCCGUGUAUGGUUGUAUGGAAAGACGUGCGUGCCCUAUUGGUAGCAUGGACAUGACCCUCCGAUACCUCGAUACCGAGGCCGGCCUGCCGUCCACACAGCAUUUUUACAAUUGGGGGACGUCCGUCGGUAAUUGCUUCGAUGGUACAGUUCUCAAGUGCGGACAUAUGGAUGUGUUUCCCUGGAGAAGCGUCAGGUGGCGACGUUCGUCUACCGUUGUGUGUUGAAAUUCGGUGACCGGAAAGACGAGCGUGGCCGGUUGAUGCGUGUGUCCUCGCCAGUCGCCGAUGUUAUGGGCGGCCGAUGAACUGUGCAAACAUGGGAAGACGAAUGUCUCCACAACCCUCCUGCGGGGACGUCCGUGGCAUGGAUCCGGAUAUCUUCGUGGUGGUUACGCGGCGACGAAAUCGAGGUGCUUAAAUAUCGUGGUAGGUACCGGUACCCAGGCACCACGUGUCCCGCUUCGGUUGGUGUGUUCCGGCGGUGCUGCCUAUAAGUAUUCAGAGCCCAUGUAAUCCACUCAUUCUUCUCCUUACGCUGCACAAUUGUCUUCUCUCUCUAGGUUUCUCUCAAAUCGUACCGGAAGUCCCAAUUCCCAAAGGUACCGUUCGUUGCCAUGUCUUCUGAAAAUCGUUUCGACGAUGGCUGUUCUUCCGGUGAUGACUUGGAAUAUUAUGAGCGGGGAAUGCCACCCUGGCCUCCCCGUUAUAGCCUCAGCUUCUCGUACGUUCGGCGUCAAGUUCAACGCCUGACGAACGCUGACAAGCGUCUGAUCAGCCAAUGGUUCUAUCCUCCCAGAACCUACGACGAUCGGCGUCUGCGCAACCCCAUGCGCCACCUGCCCGGCUACGUGGUGGUCCACUUGGAUUCGGUGGUAGCCGGGCUGAACUUUCCCCUGCAUGGCUUCCACUUGGAACUUUUCAGGGCCCUCGAGAUAGUACCCGCGCAGUUCGUCCCUGCCGCUUAUCGGAUAAUCGCUGGCUUCAUCAUUAGAUGCCACAGCGUCGGUGUGACCCCCACCGUGGACCUGCUGCACCAUUUCUUCCGGCUGUCCCCAUUCGGACGUACGGGGUAUUUGACCCUGAUAGCCCGUCCGUCCAUGGUUCUCUUCUCGAACAAUGCCGGGAAUCCGGACGGAUGGGAAGAGCGUUUCUUCCUAGCCGGGGUAGGCUCACCGAUGCCAUUCUCCGACCGGUGGAAUGCUUACCCGGUGAAGACGAUCCCGCCGCCCAUGACGGACGAGGAGCUCGGGUAUGCCAAGCGCAUAGCCGGACUUGGCAUCCAGAAUCUCCGAUCGCUGGUGGCCGAGCCCUUUAAAGCUCAGGCUGGGUUAGGUGCGUCCGUUUGUACUUGUAUUGUUUUGACAUCUCUUCGCUGUUAUGGCUCUGAACGUCUUGGUUCCUUUUGUGCAGGAGUUUUCCCAUCCACGUCCGUCAUGAGCCGGAUCAAUACCGCUUCAUCUGCCGCCGGUCGUGAUCACAAGGGGCGCGACAAUCCCGGAAAGCCGCUCGUCCCCAAGGUUGAGCCCCGGGUGACCAGGGCACGGGCCGAUGAAACUUCGGGGGUCGGCGCCCCCAAGAGGCCGCGUGUGGAGGGCACUUCCUCCAACGCCAUCAUCUUGGCCGAUGAUUCUGAUGGGGAGCCCGGAAGCCCCCUUAAGCGGAAACCCACUUCCCGGGCCCAUCUCCGUGCUUCUCCUCCGCGGAAUUCCGACGUCCGUCGUCUCCGGGACGAUGAUGCCCAAGCUGCCAAGGGUUUGGACGACGCUCGUCCAAACUCUCCCCCAGGAGCCAGUGAGUCUUCUCUUGGCCUGAUCGAGUUCUCUGGGGUUGGGCCCCGCAAGGAGUCAAUGAUGCUCUUUGGUCAAACGGCGUCCUCUAUAUGGUGCGGCCUGAAUCUCAAGGUUCCGCAGGACUUCGCUGCUCAGGAGGCUCCUGAAGAUCUGUUGGAGUGCGGCCAGAGCACGCUGGACAAGGCUGGGCUCUACUUCCAUAGGGCUCGGAUGGCUUUCAAGCGCCAGGGCAGGGAGAUGGCCAGAGUACGGGCCGAAUGUGAUGCCCUUCUGAGGAGUGCAAAAGGCAGGGCUGGCACCCUUCAAGAGAAGGCCGAGGCCUAUGACAAGCUCGUUCAGGAGAAUGCCUCUCAGAAGGAGCUUCUCAAGAAGCAGGAGGCCGAGCUCGUGGAUCUCCGCAGCCGGAUGUGGGCCGUAGAGCAGGCCAAGGUGGAGCUUCGCCAGACGGGCAUGGACAACCAUGUCCCUAUUUAUGAGGCCGAUGUUGCCAAAAUCAAGGAGUCUGGUUCCAUUGCCUUCCAGAGGUCCAAAGCUUACACUGGUGCCAUCCACACCAUGGCCAUGAAAUUCCUCCCGAGGCUCGUCGGAGAAUUUCUGGCCACCUGCCCGGACGCCUACCUGGACGGGGUCAAAUUGCUCCAGGCCACCCCCACCGGACGGCGUUUCCUUAAUGACCUUGCCGAUGAUACUUAUCGCAAGGGUAUGGUCGGGCUCGUAGCGGAGAAUCUCCCCACGUUCGAGCGUCAUUUCGGGGCUCCUUUCGAUCCGGAGGCGGCUGGCUUCGACGUCCUGAUGGCUGAUGCCCAUGCGGGAGCCCUUGAGCUGCUGAGAGAGCAGGCGGAAGCCAAAGCUAGUGAAGAAUGCGUGCAGGCUCUUUCCAAAGUUCCAGCUCCGGACGUUGAUCAAAAGUGAUUUCCCGUUCAUGACCUUGUACUUGCACAACUUUUCCAUUAUUUUCACUAUCUUGUGAUUUCCCGGCCGAUAGUGCCGAAGAAUAAAAAUCAUUCUUUGCUCCAUGCUCGUCUGGCUCUUUUUUUUUUUUUUUUUUUUUUUUUUUUUUUUUUUUCGGAGUCUUUUAGUCUUCGUUCGUCCUUGGUCCCUGGUCCCACCGGCGUCCCCACUUCGAGGAGACGUUCGGUGUCCGCCGACAUCACAAGGAGGAACAGGUUUAUCUCCCUCGAGAUUCCCCCCCUUUUUUCGUUCGUCCGUGGUCCUUUAGCCUUACCGACGUCUCUUGCUUCGACGAGGACGCUAGGUACCCAAAGAACUCGCAGGGACGAACAGGUCUACCCUCACGGGUCCCCGACUUUGUUAUCCCACGUCCAUCGAUCCAUGGUCAUUUGUGGGAUAAACAGGUUUAUCUUGGCAGGCUCCCUUGGUUCGUCUAGCCCCCUCCGCGUCUCUACUAACCUCUACAUCGAGAGGCGUUCGUCUUCGGUGGUUGGAGAAGAUCUGGCACACCCGGACAAGAUUCCCUUCUUCAUAGGAGCUACCCCCCCUCUUCUCCCCAUCUUUUUUUUUUUUUUUUUUUUUUUUUUUUUUUUUUUUGAGGGAGGCAAUCAUAGUCUUCGUUCGUCCUUGGUCCCUGGUCCCACCGGCGUCCCCACUUCGAGGAGACGUUCGGUGUCCGCCGACAUCACAAGGAGGAACAGGUUUAUCUCCCUCGAGAUUCCCCCCCUUUUUUCGUUCGUCCGUGGUCCUUUAGCCUUACCGACGUCUCUUGCUUCGACGAGGACGCUAGGUACCCAAAGAACUCGCAGGGACGAACAGGUCUACCCUCACGGGUCCCCGACUUUGUUAUCCCACGUCCAUCGAUCCAUGGUCAUUUGUGGGAUAAACAGGUUUAUCUUGGCAGGCUCCCUUGGUUCGUCUAGCCCCCUCCGCGUCUCUACUAACCUCUACAUCGAGAGGCGUUCGUCUUCGGCGGUUGGAGAAGAUCUGGCACACCCGGACAAGAUUCCCUUCUUCAUAGGAGCUACCCUCCUCUUCUCCCCAUCUUUUUUUUUUUUUUUUUUUUUUUUUUUGAGGGAGGCAAUCAUAGUCUUCGUUCGUCAUUGGUCCUUUGGUCCUACCGACGUUCUUACAUCGAAGAGACGUUCGGUAUCCGCGGACAUCACAAUGAGGAACAGGUAUAUCUGCAUCGAGAUUCCCUUCUGCUUCGUUCGUCCUUGGUCCGUGGUCCUACCGGCGUCCCUCCUUCGAGGAGACGUUCGGUAUCCGUAGACAUCUCAAGGAAGAACAGGUUUAUCUGCAUCGAGAUUCCCUUCUUGUACGGUUGUUGGCGAGAACAGAAGUGGUGAAAAACAGGGGGCCUUAUUAUUGACGACGUCCGGUCAUUUUACAUUCAGUGGGAACAAUACAAGGACAACGGCCUCUAACUAUUGAUAGAACUUCUUCAGGUGUUCUACGUUCCACACCCCGGCAUGGUUCCCCUCCAGGGUACGGAGGAGGAACGUCCCCUGGUUGUAUCUUCUGAUGACCCGGUAAGGUCCUUCCCAGUUCUUCGCCAUUUUGCCACCUUCGAGCGGCUUGCUCUUCUCUCUUUUCCUGAGUACGAGGUCCCCGGCCUCUAUUUCGCGGAAUUUCACGGCCUUGUUGAAGUAUCUCUGGGUGGCCCUGUGAUACUCUUCCAUGCGACGAGCCGCUAGGUCCC